AUGGUGGAUGGUCGUGCUGGAACGGAUGAUGGCGGCGGCAGUGAUGGCGAUGGAGAAGAUUCGCAAGCAACUUUAAAAACUUGUAUCUACAUGUUCGGACGUAAUUGUGGUAUCGGCGGUAGUUGGGAUUGUGGUAACAGCUGUACAUUGUGUGAAGGUGGUAGCUGUAGCUACUGGUUCUGUAGUAACGAUCAUUGCAUCUGUAGUAGUUGUAGUGGGGGUAGUUAUAACUGUAGUGGUUGUAGUGGCAGUGGUAGUUAUAACUGUUGUGGUUGUGGCGGUGGUAGUAGCUGUGGUAGUUGUGAAGACGACAGUCGUAGCUCUAGCAGAUACUGUGUUGGUAGUCAGUGUGGUGGUAGUAGUAGUGGUAGUGAUAGUGAUUCGACGGUG